AAGCGAUUCGCAGACUCGAAGACGCGACUGUGUGUGUGUCUGUGUGAGAGAGGAGAGAGAGAAUGGCGUCGUCAUCAUCGAGAGGAGAGAUGGAGAAGAUGGGAAUCGAUCAGCUGAAAGCUUUGAAGGAACAAGCGGAUCUUGAAGUGAAUCUCCUUCAGGACAGUCUAAACAACAUCCGUACAGCCACCGUCCGUCUUGAUGCCGCCGCCGCAGCUCUCAACGAUCUAUCUCUUCGACCUCAAGGUAAGAAGAUGCUUGUACCACUCACUGCUUCUCUCUACGUGCCUGGGACACUUGAUGAAGCUGAUAAGGUUCUAGUUGAUAUUGGCACUGGUUACUUCAUUGAGAAAACUAUGGAUGAUGGAAAAGACUACUGUCAGAGAAAGAUCAACUUGCUCAAAUCCAACUUUGACCAACUUUUUGAGGUCGCAGCGAAAAAGAAAAGCGUGGCAGAUGAAGCUGGGAUGGUGUUGCAGGCCAAAGUUAAACAAUUAUCAGCUGCAACCACGUCAUGAAAAUUCUUCUUCUCUAGUGCUUUUACUAUUGACACCUAUCUUGAGGUUGCUAAUGUUUUUGCCCAAUCAAUUAUGCUAUGAUUUAAUUUUAUGAUCUCAAUCGGUUUGUGUUUUA